AUGAUAGUUUUUAAGGGAAGAAGUAGUAUGAAACAAUACAACCCUAUGAAGCCGAUAAAGCGUGGAUAUAAAAUAUGGUGUAUGUCUGAUCAGAAUGGUUAUAUAAAAAAAUUUAAAAUAUACCAAGGUAAAGACGAACAAGUGUCUGACGAAUUCAAACAUUUUGGGCUUGGAGAAAGAAUCGUACUUCAAAUGUCUAAAAAAAAACUUAAACUCGAAGGUUGUUUAGCUUAUGGCUUAUGGCUUUUUCGACCAAAUUGUAAAGGUUUACCAAAAUUGGCUGAUGAUACAAAAUCUAAAAGGAGAACUUAUGACUACCGCAUAUCUGAUUUAGGUAUUAGCGUCUUUAAGUGGAAAGACACAAAAACUGUUCAUUUUGCAUCAAAUUAUCAUGGAUCUGAGGUAACAACAGUUUUACAUCACGCAGAUCAAUUGCGCAUGUCGUAUGGAGUAGAUCGGAAGUCAAAAAAAUGGUGGCGCAGAUUAUUUUUUGGUAUUCUAGAUAUAAUGUUUAUAAAUGCAUUCUUAAUUUAUAAGGAACUGCAUGGGAAAAUACCACUUUUGGUAUUUCGGCGUCAAGUUGUACGAGGCCUUUUAUCUGAAAAAGAAAAAAGAAAACAGCUAUCCGUUUCUAAGGACGCCAGGUUGCAUAAUCGAGGAAUUCAUUGGCCAAAAUUUACUAAAAGUCGUGGUCGAUGUGAAUUAUGUUCAUUUAAAUAUCAACUACAAUCAAGACCGUUCUCAAAAUGUUUAACGUGUAACGUUUUCUUAUGUUAUAAUGACAAGAAAAAUUGUUUUGCUGAAUACCAUGACAUAAACUGUAAUGAAUAA